GUGGCUAGCAAAGGCUAGAGGCAUUCGUAAUCCUCACGAAUUACUUCCUUACCUGUCGUCAGGUCGUCGCCUUACACCGGUCCUCAACUUGUCAACUUCCAGGACUAGAAGGUCUAGUAUUUACAUGCCCAAUGAUGAUCUU